AUGCAGACUAAAACUAUACAUUCCUUGAGCAUAAUUCCGGCUCUGAUACAACUGGUGUCAUCAUUGCUAGCACCCAUCGCGGAUCCAAUAGUAUCGAACAAAUACCUCAUAUCGUAUGUCAAUGAGAACCAGUGGAACGAUAGAAUAUUACAGAAUCAGUCUGCCAUGGACUCGGGGUCUAUUGUAAAUAUGGGGGGUAAUUUUGAGUGUUUUAUACAGGAUGCGAGUUCCCAGUUCAAGGAUGUAUUGGAAAAAUCAAGUGAAUAUGGAAAUGCUGAAAAGAAAGCGUUGUUAACCGACACUUUAAAUCAAGGCGUGAAGACCAUUUUUGACAAAUUAAAUGGACAAUGCAUUUUCUACCAAGCCGGUUUUUGGAUUUAUGAGUAUUGUCCAGGCAAAGAGUUUGUUCAGUUUCAUGCCCAAAUAAAUACGCAAACUGGCGAAUUCGUGAAUCGAGACGAGUCCUUAGUGUUCGGAUUGGGCAAAUCGAAGGAAAGUUUAGACGAGAGAGAAUUUGAGUUACUUUAUGACGAUGUAGGAUAUUACAUUAGUGAGAUCAUAGGCUCGGGUGAUAGAUGCGAUAAGACCGGAGCUGAAAGAAUGGUUGAAAUCCAAUACGUCUGUGGUGGUUCAAACUCUGGACCAGCAACCAUCCAAUGGGUAAGAGAAACAAAAAUCUGUGUUUAUGAAGCUCAAGUCGCCAUUCCUGAAUUGUGCAAUUUGGAAUUACUGGCUAAAAAUGAAGAUCAAAAAAACGCUUCUCCAAUACUUUGCAAAACGUCUCGCACUAAUGGUGGUAACUCUGUUGAUCUUAUUACUCAAAAUGAACCGAUUUUCCUGGGAAAUGGAAUAUAUUUUUUAAGGCCUUAUAAUACUCAUGAAAGAGUCAAGUUAAUGGUCACUGACAAAGUGAUGUCAAACUGGGAUAUGAUUACAGACAUAUAUUACCAAAAAUUCGGGAAUGCUAUCAACAAAAUGCUUGGUUUGGAAUUGGUGUCGUUGCCUAACGGACAUAUUCUCCAGCCUGGUGAUUCAUGUAUUUGGUUGGCAGAAAUAGUUGACAUUGAAGGCCAGUUUCAAACCAUUUUAUCGUUGAGCAUAUUUAAUUCACAGAGAGCAGAGAUGUCCUUCAACAAGACCCUUACAUUUGAUGGGGUUAAUGGAAACUUUAUAUCUUACAAAAUCAGGGACCCAGAUGAGCCAGUUGAGUCCAGCCAAUUAGACAAUUCGGAUGAAGAGAAUAGAGUCAUAGAAAACACCCAGCUAGAGGAACGAUUAAUUGGCUCCAGUAAUGAGCUAUUCACAAAACUUUCUAAAGAAAUAACUGAAGUGAAAGAGUUACUGAACCAAAUUGUCGGACCACAAGAAAUGGAAUUAAUACUCGAAAAUAUGAGGAAUAUUCAACCGAAUAGUGAUUUCGAACUCGCGUUAAUGAACGGGUUGAAAUCGUCGCUAGUUAUCGGCAACGACGUUGAUGAAGCAAAACAGGUCAAAAUUGGCGAAGAUGGAAGCAUAAAGGGCACCAAGGAUAAUACAGAAUCAUCUACCCAAAUGGAAGAACUUAACGACGUCGGUCAAAAGAAAGAAAGCAUGGCGAAUGGUAAAACUUCAAUUGACCGUGAGGUAUCGGAAGAAAUUGAUUUACCAGGAAAAGAUGUGAGAAAUGAAGCAGCUGAUAUCCUUGUUGAGCAUGAUGAGCUUUAG